AUGUCACACAAAAGUAAGAAGAAAAGACCGUCAAGCCUGUUCGACUUAGAUAACAUAAAAGCGAGCAUACAAGCGAAAGCGUCCCGGACCGAUCGCGUUCGUGAAUUGUUGAGAGGCCUUCGCGAAGUUGAUGUAAAUGAUUUAAUUUCGAAUGAGUAUGACCUUGGCGAACAUGAUAUUAUUGCUAUUCUGACGAGCAAAAUUUCCAUUCAAACGUUGAAUUAUCUGCGCAAGGCACUGCAGCAUGUUCCUACAAACAUCACUUGUGUCGUUGAUAAAACACCAAUGCGGUCAGCCAUCAUAUUCAAAGUUUUUACUAGCCUCCAAUCAACAGCAACGGGCACGUUCAUACAUCCGACUGUGGAAGAACUUGAAACGUACGGCAAGAUACUUGAAACUCGCUGUCCAUUGUUUAUGUCCGUUGAUACAGAUCUUUCAAACCAAGACAGCUUGUUGGACAAGUAUCUCACUCCACCGGUUUCUGUUUGUAUACGAUGCGACAAGCGCUUGUCUAUGCGCAACAAUCCGUCCAGAGCCGUGCUAUUUACGUUAAAUGGUCCUGUUGCAUGCUCGAAGUUUACCCUGGAAUGCAGGAAUUGCUCAAUACAUUUUGGAGUAUGCAACUACACCGACAGGUCUGGCACUUGCUUUUAUCCUCUCAAUUUCGAUUUGGAUUUGAUAGAGGUCGACAGCAAUGUUACAUAUUUCCAUCGCAAUUUAUAUCAGUGGAUGCCAUCUCUCAGGUAGGAUUCACGUUCUGUGAAAUAAUAUUUGGGAAUCUAAUAUAUUUAUUAAAUAAUUUACAUUAGAUCUGGAAAUUUAUCAAAAAACUUACCAAUUGAUAUAGUGAAGUCAGAGAUAUUAAUAAAUUUUAAAACCUUUUGAAUAUUUUGAAGUACUUAUAAACGAAUAACUUUUAAGUUAAAUUAUUUUGCUUUAUUUUAUAUAGUAACCAUUGUUGGGUGUCAUUCAGUGGAUUUGCUGAAGCUUAUAAUGAAAUAAAUGAGAAACAAAUUGAAACAUAUGCCAACUCAUUGAAAGGUUUGUUUGCUACUUUGCUAUUAAUACAGUAAUAGUGAUGCAGAGUUUGUGAGCUCCUGUUUUGAAGUUUGAAAGCUUUUUUCUUUUCAAAAAAUCUGAAACAUAAAAUUAUAAUUGAAAGGCAACUUGUGGCCAAUAUAUUCGUGUUUUAUUUUGCAAAAGAAUAGACAGAGAAUGUCAUGAAUUAUGGAUAAAUGCAUUUUAAUUUAUGCAAACAAAAUUUACUAGUAAUACAUAAAUUGAAGUAUUUGUGUCAAUUUUUGUAUCGACUAAAAUUCUUGGUUUCGGAAUGACGGACUGGUAUUGGACCAAACAAAAAAAGCUGGUACCGCCCAUCUCUACACUGAACUAUACAAACAGUUUUAAACUCCUAUUAUAGAUUCACUUAUAUUGGAAGGAGAUGCUGAUGAUAGCGAUAAAGGUAGGGAUUUACUGCUCUGGCAUUUAAAGGGGCAUUGUCUGUCAUGGGAGUGUCAUCGAUUUUGACCAUAGACAGAUUUUCUGGGGGGGGGGGUGUGCACCACCCAAAAAUAUUUUGCAGCACCCCGCCAAAGUUUUUCUAUCCAACCUAGAGAAAUUGGCAACCCCCUAAAGACAAGGAUUUUGAACUAAAUAAGACCAAAAAUCUGGAAAUUUUUAUCGCACCUGUGGCCCAGCGACUCCGGUGCAGCACCCCAACAGGCUGAGCUACAGAGGCCAGUUGUUGAGCACUAACCACAAGUUCAUGUAUAUAUAAUAGGGUACUGCCAUGUACAGGUUAGGGGUAAUUUUCAAGACUUUGUUUGCAUCUCAGAUGAUUGAGAUUGCAGGCCUUAAAAUAUCGGUUGGUCACAUACAUUGUCCGACCCAUUCAUGAAAUUGUUUGAUGUAGAGAGGAAACCGCCGGACAUUUUGUCUGACCUAACUGAAACUGAGGUUAUUGUUUGUCCGACCUAAGUGUAUUUGUGUCUGACCUAACUGUAGCUUUGUCCAUUGUAAAUCAAAAUGUACCUAUAGCCCAGGACUAGACGCCUGUAUGUUAAAUGGAAAAUCAGAGUACUAUUGUAUAAAAAGUGAACUGGAAAUGUUUUAACAUAGUUGAGGGCGGGGCGGUGAGCGAAAUGGUGAAGUGGAAAACGAGCUGAAGUUGUCAAAGUCUUUUUAAUACUGCUGUUCUGGAAAGCAAGUUAAUUUUGGCUUGGAAAUAAGUAUGAAAGAAACAAAUUUUUUAAUAUCUUCACAACAUUUGCCGUUCAAAAUUAUUUAAUACAUUGUGCUGAUAUUCAUUUGUGUCAUUCAGAUGUAUUUCCAGGCACGGAUUUUCUGGGGUGUGGGUGUGGGGGCGCACCCCCCAGAAAUGAUUUGCCCCCCCCCCCCAAAGGCAUUUGGCACCCCCGCAAAUUAUAUUUUGAUUUGAUAGUUUUAUAUUUGAUUAUUCUUACUACUAUAAAUUUGUAAAAUUACCAAUAUUAUGGUCUCAGAUCUUGCCAUGCAGGCCCAGAAAACAAAUUUUGUUAAACUUUUUCCUUGGCCUUUCCGGGCGUUGCCACCAUGCCCCGGCCAAAGCAAGCAGCAGCACCCCCCAGAUAUUUAUCUACCCCCCUGAACGAAAAUAUGAAAAUCCGUCUCUAUGUAUUUCCGAGUCAAAAGUGAACUGAAGGUCAUCAGACAUAUGUCCAACCCAAACUCAAUGUCAUCGGACAUUUUGUCAGACGGUCCUGUAAAAGACAUUUUAAGGCCUGGAUAUUGGGCGAGGAUUGAGAUGGAUUGUAAAUGAUAUGUUGUUAAUUGUUGGCAGACACUUUUUCAAGUUUAGGUCAAUAUGUAUAAGACUUAGUUUUGUAUAUCAUAACUAAACCUACAGUAUUUACAAUGUUUAUUUUCAAAUUUGCAGUUCAGAUUUGAAUAAAGUACAUUUUUGGUCAAAAAUUGGUGACACUGCGACUUUAAGACAGAGUAAAAUACUAAAAUGCUAAAAUUAGUUCUGUAACAUAAUUAGAAGUAACUGUAAAUCAGCAGCUAUGUAGUAAUAUAGUUUUUCUUAUAGUAUUCUAACACAUUGAAAAAUGUCUGGAAAUAAUGUUGAAAGUAGACAUUUAAAACUUGAUUUUCAAUUUGUAGGCAUUUUACUAGCCUGCGGUGCAGACGCUUCGUAUUUCAUAAUGAAAGGGUUUAAGUGUCUGCGUAAUGGAGGGAUCAAGCUUGUUCAGUCACGUGCAUGUUCCCAAAAUAGUGGGAAUCGAAUGUGAUUGGUUAGUUGUUAAUUUAUGCAAUAUAAUGUUAAUUAUCCCAAAUUAGCGCGAGCAAGACAUAAUACAUGUAAAACAUGGCGUUUGUCGAGGAGGCGAAGUUAGAAGGAGAAUGUUUUCAGGAUGCUUUACGACAAGUUUGUUAUUUUUUCAAGUGGAAAAUCUUUUCGAAGAUCAACUCAACGCUAUUAAGGCUUUCUUCAAAGGAAAUAACGUUUUCUUUUGUGCCAGUACUGGGUAUGGAAAGUCCAUCGUGUUCCAAUCCAUACCUUUAUUUACCGAUAUCCUACUUGAUCAAGUUAUUGGCACUAGCACCGUGAUUGUAGUAUGUCCUCUGACUUCAUUAAUGCUCGACCAAGUUAGCAAAAUAAGGGAGUUAGGAAUCAGCGCAGCUGCUGUAUUUCAAGGACAAGAUGAGGCUAUUUUAAAUGAUAUUGAGGAUGGCAUAUAUUCGCUCGUUUUUACGUCGCCUGAAUCCAUGUUGGCCUCAAAAAGAUGGGAAAAAAUUUUAAAAUCGGAAAGCUUUGUGGAAAAUUGUGUUGGAAUUGCUAUUGAUGAAGCUCACUGCAUCAGUCAAUGGUAAGAUAUAUAUUUCUUUAUAUUAAUAUUGAUAAAUCUUUCUGUAAAGUCAAUUUGUAUAUUUCUAAUUUUUAUCAAUUUGUGUUUGUAGGGGAUUGGCAGGAGCAAAGGGCGCUUUCAGAACUUGGUAUGGCAAUCUUGGAAAGCUCAGAUCCAUGUUCACAGAUAUCAAUCUGAUUGUUUGUACUGCCACAGCAACCAAAGCUACCAAGAGCAAGAUCUUUGAGGUUUUGGAUCUCAAAAUGGAAAACACAUUUAGCAUUGAAAAAAGUCCAGAGCGACCAAACAUUGCUUAUGUUACUCAGUAUGUUGAAAAUGACAUGGAACUUUGCGAUGUCUUUCAUGAUGUUAUAUUGAAUGUGAAGGAUAAAAAAGACAAAUGUGCAAAGACUUUUAUUUACUGUCAAACAAGAAAGCAAGCUGCCAUCAUAUGGAGAACAUUCAAGUUGGCACUUGGCAAAGACAUGUAUGCUGGUGAAACUCUAUUACCAAGAGACUGCAUUGUGGAAAUGUACCAUGCUGGAACACCUGAGUCAUCAAAGCAACAUAUUUAA